AUGUCUCCAACGGAGGAGUUGGUCAAGCAGUGGGAAAGUGAGCAGGCCCAGCUCCGAAAGCAGGUGGUUGAGGUUGACACGGAGCACUGGCAGAAGUGCACAGACUUCUGCGGAUUGGAGCGGGUUGCUGGACUGGACCUCUCUUUUAUAAAAGGUGAUGAGAUCAAUGCCUGCUCCCAGCUGGUAGUACUCAGGUACCCCGAUCUUGAGGUGCUCUAUGAGGACAGCCAAAUGGUAACUCUGACGGCACCCUACGUGGCUGGCUUUCUAGCCUUCCGAGAAUCCCCUUUCCUCUUGGAGUCUUUGCAGCGUCUUGAAAGAAACGAGCCCACUCUUUUACCUCAGGUGCUGUUUGUGGAUGGCAAUGGUCUCUUUCACUACAGAGAAUUUGGACUUGCAUGCCAUGUUGGAGUGCUGUCAGGGCUGCCGUGUGUGGGUGUUGCCAAGAACCUUCUCCAGGUCCAGGGAGUGUACAAAAACGAAGAACACCAAUCUCAGAUAUCAGCACUACAGAAAGAAGGUGACAGCUUUCCACUUAUAGCAACCUCUGGCAAAGUGCUUGGAAAGGCAUUACGUACCUCAGACAAGAGCACUAAGCCAGUCUAUGUGUCAGUUGGCCACAAGAUCAGUCUGGAUACAGCUGUAAAACUCACACACUCCUGCAGCCGAUUCAGAGUUCCAGAGCCAAUUAGACAGGUCAUUUCAGACAUAGCCCAGCCAACACAGAGGAACUGCAUCAGGAGCAAAGAGCACUGGAUCAGGAGAAGUACCCUGGCCAAACAGAAACACAAGCUGGUCUUGUUGUCUGCCACAGAGCGGAUAAAGCUGGAGAAGUUGGCUGCCAUCCUUUAA